CGUUUUCUUACCCCAAGUGUAAAUACAAAGCAAAAAAUUGGAAAAGAGUUUGGAGUUUUUGCAUUCACGUUGCGGAAAACCCUAACAAAAGUCCAAUUUAAAUUUAUUCUAAUCUGUUGUUCAAGCAAAGUCUGUUUUCCGCACUUGCUUUUUACUGUUUUCUUUUACAUUACUCUUUAAAUGGUAUGUUCUCCGCGUCGGAUUUUCAGUACGAGUUACAAAGGCAAAAUCUUUCAAGGCAAUACUUCGGUUGUUGGAGACUGGAGCUGGAAAAGAAAAGGAUCAUAUAUGGAGGGCGACGCAGGAAGAGGUUUGGAAUGCCAGAAGACUAUGGAUGGGAAGGAGAGUAAUGCCAGUGGUCCAGACAAGGCUGUUCUUCCUUCUUGCUGUUUGAAAGCUAGGGCAUGCGAUCCAGAGCCUGAUGCCAAAUCCCAUUCAACAGUCUGCUCUGGAUGGUUCUCUAAACCUCGUUCACCCUCUGGUGAAGAUGACAGGGUGUUGUAUUUCAACAAUCCAAUGUGGCCAGGAGAAGCACAUUCUAUCAAAGUUGAGGAGAUCCUAUUCAAGGAAAGAUCGGAAUACCAGGAGGUUCUGGUAUUCAAGUCUUCUUCUUACGGGAAAGUGCUUGUGCUAGAUGGCAUUGUUCAGCUGACUGACAAAGAUGAAUGUGCCUAUCAGGAGAUGAUAGCUCAUCUUCCCCUGUGUUCAAUCAAAUCCCCUAAAAAUGUUCUUGUUGUUGGUGGUGGUGAUGGGGGAGUUCUUAGGGAAAUAUCUCGUCACAACUCUGUGGAGCUUAUUGACAUUUGUGAGAUAGACAAAAUGGUUAUAGAUGUUAGCAAAAAAUUCUUUCCGGAGUUAGCUAUCGGCUUUGAAGACCCACGAGUCAAACUUCAUGUUGGCGAUGCUGUGGAAUUUUUAAGGCAUGCCCCUGAAGGCAAGUAUGAUGCAAUUAUAGUCGACUCAUCGGAUCCUGUUGGUCCUGCCCAGGAACUGGUAGAAAAACCAUUUUUUGAGACAUUAGCUAGAGCAUUAAGACCUGGUGGUGUUCUUUGCAACAUGGCAGAGAGUAUGUGGCUUCACACACAUCUGAUUCAGGAUAUUAUUGCUAUUUGCCGUGAAACAUUUAAGGGUUCUGUUCACUAUGCAUGGACCAGUGUUCCUACAUAUCCGAGUGGCGUUAUUGGGUUUGUGUUAUGCUCAACUGAAGGGCCGCCUGUUGAUUUUUUGAACCCAAUCAAUCCCAUCGAAAAGCUUGACGGAGCGCUUCAAUAUCGCAGGGAACUAAGGUUUUACAAUUCUGAGGUUCAUAGAGCUGCAUUUGCCUUGCCGUCUUUUGUAAAGCGAGAGGUGAGCUGUCUGCGAGAUGUCCUGCCUACAAACUUAGUAGUUUGAUUUUUACUGACUACUCAUCCAUUCCCAUGUUAUUCGGAACUACACGAGAGUGUUAAGAGUACUGAUCGGACUUUUAGAUAAGCAGUCGAAGCAAGCGUAGACGCUGCGAUGACUCUAUGUAUUAGGUGUUUGAUUGGCAUAUAAGCAGGUGUUUUGGAAUCUUCUGAGUACUGUGAAGUCUAUUGAUAAAUUUGUGAUUCAGCAACACUAUAUUGCACUGCUCUUUCUCAGAAAGUGCAGCAUUAUGAAUUUUAUGGGUGCUGGGAUGUUUCAGCUGUUUGUUUCUUUUAAUAUAUGUUUGCUUUUGUUUUU